UGAAACAUCACCUAAAAGGAAAAACAAGUUUAAAUCCAUCUUCAGUGGACCAUUUUGAAUAUGUUGAAGCUCAGCGGCUGUACAUUCAAAGCUUUAGGGAGCGAGUGGCGAUCGACCAGGAGGUUACCAUUGCAGACGCCAUACGAUUUUAUUCCGAUAUUAACGACGAAUUGCUGAAAUGGGUCGGAAUAAGUGUGAACGAGGCAAAAGAUGUUGGGAAUUGGAAAACGCUGGUUGCCUACCAUAUGUUAGUGUUAAGCAAAGAACAAACUGGAAUGGAGAGAACCUUGGGAUCUUCUUAUUUUGCAGCUGGCGGACUUGACAGGAAGGGCCAUCUUUCAUACGAGAGAAGGAAACAGAUGGGCGCGACAUAUUUGAAGACAUGCACAGAAUAUAAUCCCGUCGUUGCCUCUCGAAUUGAGCACAAAUUCCCGAAAACUAAAGUUGCUAUAGCAUCCAUGAGAGAGGACAUAACAUUAAACAAUAUUACUGGACCGUCUGCACAAAAGGGGAGAUACUGGUUCCUGAACAUGACCAAGUUGAUCACGUUUAUGGGAACCAUUCAAGAUGAUAUGGCACACGAGAUAGUGGUGACAUUACGGAAAGAAGCGAAAGACUCUAUCACUACAAUAGUCGUCAACGUUCUCGUUUUGACUGGAGUUUGCAUUCUUUGUCCGACUGUUCUGUUUUUUAUUCAAAAAGUGACAGCUGACAUCCAGAACACCGCCUCUGUUUUAAAAGAGCAAACAAAAGAUCUAAUCGCAGAGAAGAGAGUUACAGACUUUCUCAUGUGUCAAUGGCUACCAAGAACUGUCGCUGAUCAAUUGAAGAACCACCUGCCCAUCAAGCCUGAAAGUUUCGACCAUUGUACGAUUUACUUUGGUACAGUUGUUGGUUUUAAACAUAUUGCUGCCCAAAUUACACCUCGACAGGUGAUAGCCUUGCUGAAUAACUUGCAUCGGACGUUGGACGCAAGGAUGGAACUGUAUGAUGUCUAUAAGGUAGAAACGAUGGAGGAUGCAUCAUGUAUGGUAGCAUCUGGAGUCCCAAGGCGUAAUGGCGUCAACCAUGUGACGGAGAUAGCUACCAUGGCACUGGAUUUAGUUAGCGCUGUUGCUAAAAAAGAUGUGCCACAUAUGGUGGACAGUCGUCUUGAACUUAGAAGUGGAUUUCAUUCAGGCGUAUGUGUUGCUGGAUUGGUUGGCUUCAAGAUGCCGCGCUACUGUUUGUUUGGGGAUACCGUCAGAACUGCGUCCAUCAUGGAGUCCACUGGAAUGGCUUCUGAGAUUCAGAUUAGUGAAGCAGCGUUCAUUCUCUUGAGGUCCAACAACAUGUAUGUAAUGAAAAAGAGGGAAGAAACGAAUUCCAAGGGAUCGCAGCAAACAACAUGGUGGCUGAUUUCGAAAGAGGGAUUUGUCAGUGAAGAACAAAUUGUUACUUCGUUUAGUAGCUUCCCCGACUUGCUUCAACAGGUGAAAGAUUGAUCGGGUAAUAGAGUUUGGUGGUCAAUUGCCAUUUUUGAAGGGCAGAUGUAUUUUUGUAAUGAUGAAUGACAGUACUCCCAAGAGCCACCAGAAUUUUGUAUAGUUAGUUAUAUAGAAAUUGAGCAAGGAUUUGUGAACUCUAAUUGUUGUUCACUUUGAAGAGAGUUCACAAAACACUGAUCGCUGUCUCAACAAGAGAUAAUACAAUACGUAUGGAUGACAAUAAUGAACUAAUUUAUUGCAUUGAAAAAGCCAAAAUUCAAGGGACACACAAGAGCCAUCUAGAAAAAUAACCAGAUACAUGACUGUAUGGUAUGGCACUGAUGAGAUCAGAUAUAGAUAAAUAAUUGUACAGUUGAUCUAGAUUCAGUCACAAUGGACUGGAGCUAAAUGCAUGAUAUGUUAAAUAAAAAUUGGAUGGAGAGAGGGGAGCAAGCAAUUUCUGCUAGAAUUUCCGAUCACCGAGUCAGUGUGCUUUAAAUAAUUUGAAGUUCAUCGUGUAAUAUUAGAGAGCUUUUGAUAUAGGUUUUCAGCAGUUCUUUGCAACUAGCUCCAACUUUUACUGGGGAGGAAACUUAUAUCGAAAGCUUUCUAGUAACAGUUAGCUUGUUAAACGUUAGUUAAGAUGACACGUGUACAAUAUUUUACGAUUACAUGUAUAUUGUAUAAUUUGUUGCUCUAUAUACUCUAGAUACUAUUGUAUACUCAAUAUGCCAUAUUGUAUACUGUUGUAUACUCAAAGUGCCCUAAAAUAACAAGUUACAAGUAAUACAUUGUGCUUUAGCUUUUGAAAUGUAAAAUGAAAUAAAUGAUAAUGAA